CCGACUGCACACUAUACCUGCAAACCACACCAGCCAGCAAAAGAGUCCCCGAAACAAAUAAAAAAAACUUAUCGAGACCAUCAAAUGACUCUCCAAGAGAAGCUGAUGCAGACCUCUAGUGAAAAUCUGGAGCAGCGACGCACGUCUUGGACGUUCAUCCGGUCGUUGCUGUGGAAGAACUGGCUCAUCAAAAAUCGCCAGCCUGCAGCCACCGCAUGUGAAGUUCUCGUGCCAACCUUCUUCAUUCUGCUGCUUGGAAUACUCAAGCUCCUUACUACGACGGUCGACGUGCCGGCCGGUUGGAGCGAUGACGCUGACAAUACCGCCGGUACCCGGUACAACCUGUUCCAACCGACCGGACGGAACAUCGAGUGGGUAGACGCCGACUUGCCAAAAUUCGCACUACACGAGUCCACCAUGACUGGGCUCAUGUUGAAGCUCGCGCGGCAGUCUAUCGACGAUGAUGUCGAAUCGUUCCAGAAGGAUAUCAUCACGGAUUACUACUCUGCGUACACUGUGACUGGUUUCAUGACACUGCAGACGCUCGUCACCCGCUUCGUGACGUGUAUGCCCGAAUGGAACUCUGCCAACCAGUCAAGUACGGGAAUCUGCCAGAGCUCACAGACCACAGCAGUUGCGUCUACGGAACUCGACAACACGCUACUCGACAGCUUGAGCAACGAUGGUUUGAUCCAGGAAGCACUCGGCGGUCUGAGCACGAAUAUGUCGGACGUGUUAGCGAGUUUGACCGACAGCACGAAGGAAUCACUGCUUACGCCUCUGCGCCAGGCUCCUCAGUCCAUGCUGGGAUCUACUGUCGCGCCGUUCCCCGUCGACAGCUACACGAGCUCCCCAUUCUACGCGAACGUGGCCAGUGUCUUCUCAAUCGUCUUUAUCAUGGCGUAUCUGUUCACGAUCUCGCGUAUACUAGUGGUGCUCAUCCAAGAGAAGGAACUGCGUCUGCGUGAGUUCAUGAAGAUCCUCGGUGUGACUGAGAAGACGAUCAUCUUGACCUGGUACAUGACGUACGCAGCGAUCCUCUUCGUCGGUGCUGUUGUCCAAGCCCUCGCUGGUUUGGCGGGACUGUUCCCUAACAGUUCAUUGAUCGUCACCUUCCUGUUUUUCUUCUUGUUCGGACUGAGUGUGCUGGCGUUGGCCUUCCUCAUCAGUACUCUGUUCAGCAAAGCUCGUGUUGGUGCGUUCGUCGGAAUGGUGGCGUUCUUCGCCAUGUACGCAGUUUCUCAGGGAUUUUCGACAGGCACCGGUGAGAGUGCCAAGCGCUUGGGUUCCGUUCUCUCCCCUGUGGCUCUCGCUCUCGGUGUCAAGGUGUUAGCAAGCGCCGAAGAGACGGGAGAAGGCGUGCAGUUCUCCACCAUGAGCACUCUUAGCGACAACUAUCGACUCAGCACAGCUCUGACGAUGUUUAUCUUCGACACAGUGCUGUAUACGAUUCUCGGUCUCUACUUGGAGAAGGUCAUGCCGAAGCAGUACGGCACGACGCUGAAAUGGUACUUCCCCGUGUCGCCAUCCUACUGGCGAAGCCGCAAGCAAAAGCAGGUGACGACCGAGGGGCCAGCUAAUAUCGCCGAAGGUGAUGUCGCCCUGGACCUGAAUCCGUCUUUUGAACCGGUGAGCGCAGAUCUUCGCGAACAAGAAAGCCGCGGUGAAGCACUCAAAGUGCAGCAUCUACGCAAGGUCUUCCAGGUUCCCGGUGGCGAGAAGAUAGCCGUCAAGGGACUUGAUGUCACCAUGUACAAGGAUCAGAUCACGUGUCUGCUGGGCCACAACGGUGCCGGUAAGACCACUUUGAUUUCCAUGCUCACGGGUAUGGCUGCCCCUUCCAGUGGUAAUGCUACCUACCGUGGCUUGUCGAUCAACGAGGACAUGGACGAAAUGCGCCGGUCGCUUGGUAUCUGUUUCCAGCACGACGUUCUGUUCCCGGAGCUGACGGUCCAGGAGCACCUCCAGUUCUUCGGACAGAUCAAGGGAUACGCGAAUGAAGAGCUGCAGGCUGUGGUUGAUAGACAAAUCCGCGAGGUUGGUUUGACCGAGAAGCGCAACUCGAGACCCAACGAUCUGUCGGGUGGUAUGAAGCGUAAGCUGUCGGUGGCUGUUUCACUGCUGGGUGACAGCUCGCUGGUGUUCCUUGACGAACCAACUUCCGGUAUGGACCCCUACAGUCGUCGCAGCACGUGGGAGAUUCUGUUGAACAACCGCAACGACCGAGUGAUGGUAUUGACGACACAUUUCAUGGACGAAGCCGACAUCUUGGGUGAUCGGAUUGCUAUCAUGGCUGAAGGUGAGAUGCGCUGCUGUGGGUCGUCGCUGUUCCUGAAGAACCGCUUCGGUGCGGGUUACAACUUGACUCUGGUGAAGGAUGAUACCAAGUGCAACGAUGACGCUGUGACGGCUUUCGUGAACUCUUUCGUACCAGACGCGCAACUCCUGAGCAACGUCGGCAGCGAGAUCGCGUUUCAGCUGCCUCUGCAAAGCUCGUCAAAGUUUGCCACCAUGUUUGCUGAGAUGGAUCGACAGUUGCAGACACUGGGUCUGUUGUCCUAUGGUGUAUCGGUGACUACGCUGGAAGAGGUGUUCAUCAAGGUAGCGGAACUGGCUGAUGAGAACAACCAGCACACACUUGGCAACAACUUCGCACGGAUGGAUUCCGCGGGUUCGGAUGGGCAUUACCAGUCGUGCGACGAGAUCGUCACGACCGAGUCCAUUUUCCAGAGACACCUGCGCGCACUGCUGCUCAAGCGUUUCCGCUAUGCCAAGCGCGACAAGAAGGCAAUUAUCUACGUCGCUGCACUGCCGGUUCUACUGAUUGCCGUGGGUCUGGGCAUUCUCAAGGCCAGCUCAUCCGUUUCCGACGAUUCUCUGAAAGCGCUGACGACAGAUCCGUACUCAGGUAGUGCGACCCCGACGCCGUUCUUCUGUCAGGCAGGCACUGGGAUUGGCGAGUGGUGCAGCGACGUGAUGGCUUCGUCUUACUUCUCUGGUGCCGAUGCUCGAAUGCUCACGAUCCCUGAGCCUGCGUUCGACUCCAACUCUCCUACCGUGUUUGACGUCGCCUACACGGAUCCGUCGAUCAACGCGAGUGGGGCAACCGGCUACAGCCUCGCACUGGGUCAACAGAUUUACGAACAUGGUUACGGCAAGGGUGCUGAUCUCGUGGAGGGCCAGUACGGCGGAUACUUGGUGUACGGUGACAGCAACCAGAACUUGUUCAGCUACAACGUCUUCACGAACACGACGGCUUCGCACUCGUCAGUGGUUUUCAAGGCAUUGAUGGACCAGGCGGUUUAUCGCUUCUUCGCAGCGAACAGCUCAACCGGCUCGGCGUCGAAUGUGAAUCUGAGGGUGAACAACUACCCGUUGCCGUACACGGCAGCUGCAAAGGCUGUGCUGAACUCCAACACCUCAUUCACCGCGUCUCUCUUCAUCUGUAUCGCGUUCACGUUCCUGCCUGCGUCCAUUGUUGUGUUCCUGGUCAAGGAGAAACAGGCUGAGCACAAUUCGAAGCACCAGCAAUUGGUUUCCGGUGUAUCACUGCCGGCGUUCUGGCUGUCCAACUACAUCUGGGACUUCAUCAUGUAUGCCGUUCCGGGUGUGUGCGCACUUGCCUUGAUCUACGUCUUCAAGAUCUCGGCAUUGACCGGUCAAGACUGUGAUAACUGCUCGUCGUCCACAUUCCCUGCGGUGAUUCUACUGUUCGUGCUCUUCGGACUCGCUAUCUGUCCGUUCACGUACUGCCUAUCGUUCUUGUUCAAGGAGCACGCGUCUGCACAGACGUACACGAUCGUGCUCAACUUCAUGAUUGGCGUGGUGUUGAUGUUAACGUCCUUCAUCUUAGACAUGUUUGACUCGACUUCCGACGUCAAUUCGGUGCUCAAGUUCUUGUGGCGUUUCUCUCCACUGUUCAACCUCGGAAGCGCGCUUUUAAACAUGGUCACGGCUGACGUCGACAGCAUCCAGUACAGCGAAGAUGGCAAAACGAAUCCGUUCAGUGGGGACGUUAUGGGCUGGGAGCUGCUUUACCUUGUGUUCACUGCUGCCGGCUACAUGAGCUUUACCUUGUACCUCGACUACGCUAAGACCUUUGCGAAAACCAAGGACGACGCCCAUGACCACGAAAACUACGAUGAAAACCAUGCAAUUGAUGAAGACGUCCAAAAGGAAGCAGACCGCGUUGCCGCUGGCGACGCGGACGGAGAUGCCGUCAAGCUCGUCGGACUUCGGAAGGUGUAUCCUGGUGGAAAGGUGGCUGUCCGCAAUCUCUCGUUUGGUCUGAAGCGCGGUGAAUGUUUCGGAUUCCUCGGUAUCAACGGUGCUGGUAAGACCACCACCAUGAAGAUGCUCACGGGCGACGUCCAGCCGUCACACGGUACGGCUACGCUGGGCGGCUUUGACAUCUUGUCACAGCAGAUCGAGGUCCGCCGCCAGAUCGGAUACUGUCCUCAGUUCGACGCCUUGUUCGAUCUACUCAGUGUCCGUGAACACCUCGAGUUGUUCGGCGCUAUCAAGGGCAUUCCGCAGGCCUCGCUGGACCGUGUCGUCAUGGAGAAGAUCCAGCAGUUGAAUCUCGGCGACUUCGAGCACAAGUUGGCUGGAAGUCUCAGUGGCGGCAACAAGCGCAAGCUGUCGGUGGCGAUCGCGAUGAUCGGUAACCCGGCCAUCAUCUUCCUGGACGAACCGUCCACUGGUAUGGACCCCGUGUCUCGUCGCUUCAUGUGGGACGUUAUCGCCGAUAUCUCUACCCGUGGCAAGGAGUCAACGAUCGUUCUGACGACACACAGCAUGGAGGAGUGCGAGGCUCUGUGCUCGCGUGUUGGUAUCAUGGUCGGCGGUCGUCUCCGUUGUUUGGGUAGUGUGCAGCACCUCAAGUCUCGCUUCGGCGACGGCCUUGUAUUCGACGUCAAGCUGGAUAUGCCGAAUGCGGAUGAGCUGGAGUAUUUGGUGCACAACAUCUUUGGCAACGGCAGCGAGUUCGUGACCCCCGUCGAGCUGGAGGACAAGUGCCGUGCAUUCGGCAAUGCACAACUUGCUGAACGUGUGACGGCGUCGCACCCGACCGGCUACAGUCUUGCUGCUGCCAUGGAGCGCGACGGCUUCAUCCGUGCCGAAGCUUUCUGUUCGUGGUGUGUGGAGGAGACCCGCUUUGACGAUCUGAACGACUAUCUCGUGCGGGCUUUUGGUGCCAGUCAAGUGGUGGUGAUGGAGCGUCAGAACGACUUCGCUCGCUUCAAGGUGCGCAGUUCCAACAACGAGGUGAAGCUGUCGAAGAUGUUCGCGCUGGUGGAAGACGUCAAGGCCAAGAUGCACAUCCGCGAGUACAGCGUUUCGCAGACGACGCUGGAGCAGAUCUUCAACUCGUUCGCAAGUCAACAGGAGGAGGAGCAGGGAGUUGCUCGGGGUGUCUAUCAACAGGUGUAAACGUUUUUAACGCUUAGAAGCUGAAUAAAAAAAUGUUUGCUUGGACACGCAUAAGUGCACGAUAUGUUGGUUCAUUGAAUCAUGGAGGACAAUUUCAUCAAACUAGC